AUGCGAGGGCUCCUCCUAUGCUGCCUCGUUGGUCUAGCCACGAGUCAAAGUGUCAGUUAUGAGCCCCACCUGAUGCCGAAUAAAACCUAUGAGUAUAAAUAUGAGGGAGAGGUCAAUUUUGGACUCGGCAUGCUAAACCUUGCUGAGUCUGGUGCAAGAAUCACGUGCAAGAUCAAGAUCAGUGGGGUGUCGGCGCAAACAUUCAUCCUUCAGGUUUCAGAUUUGGCCUUCAAGGAGUUCAAUGGCUUCCAGGGGAAAGACAGCUUUAUUGCCUCCCCAAAGCUCACCCAGCGUAUUGCUUCCCAGCUUGUCAAACCUUUCAUGUUUGACUACACUGGUGGACACGUUGGUAACAUCCGAGCCUCUGCUGAGAUUUCUGACACUAUUGUCAACAUUGUGAGAGGGAUUCUGGGAUUGUUCCAAGUCACUGUGAAGACCACACAGACGAUCUAUGAGCUUGAAGAGGCUGGCAUCCAUGGCAUUUGUCCGAGUAACUAUGCUACUGAAGUAAACAUGGAGACAAAGGACAUGACCAUCACUCAGGUUGUGGAUAUUGGUAACUGCAGGGAGAAAGUAGCCAUGUACAAGGGAAUGGCUACCGCUGUGUUUGACAAAGUCUCCAAACAGAGGGGUGAAUCUGUCAUUUCAACAGUGAGAUAUAUUUACACAGUCAAGCCAACAGCAGAGGGAGGUCUCAUUACGAAGGCUCAUGGCCUGGAGCAACAGCACUUCAGUCCCUUCAACGUGAAGGGCGGCAGUUUCCAGAUGCUAGCGAUGAAGGAAAUGGUGCUGCUCGGAGUGAGUGACACACCGAGAGCCGUCGUGUCUGAGCCAAUGGAAAGCAAGGGCAACCUUGUUUACCAUUUUGUCAAUGCAGAUGCUAAUUUACCUAUUUUGAUGCAGAGACUGGACAACCCAGUACCAAAGGCUAUUGAGUUGAUCAAGCGUCUGGCAGAGGUUAAUCGUUACAAGAUUGACAGUGCAACAACAGAGGACACGAUAAAGCUGUAUCAACUCCUACGAGCAAUUCCCUAUGAAAAAUUAGAAGUUAUGUGGAAGCAAUUUGCAGCAAAUGAUGAGCAAAGACGUUGGUUUUUGGACAUGAUUGUUGAGGUAAACGAUGCCAGAAUCCUGAAGUUCUUCCAAAUGAGGUUCCAGGCUGGUGAUGUGACUCCUAAUGAAGGUCUGCAAGCCAUUUUGCUGGUGAUGAACCAUCUCCAGCCUAUUCCUGAUCUGGUUGAGAUGGCUAAAAUGUUUUUAAGCAUGCCCUUUUGUAAAUCCAAUAUCUAUCUUUGGCAUGCUGUGGUGCUUUCGUAUGGCUCUCUGGUGUACAAGCACUGCACCUAUUAUACACCUUGUCCUGUAGCUGUUGUUCAGCCACUACUGAACAUGGCUGUGGAAAGUCACAGGAAUGGCUCCACGGCAGACAUGGUCAUCGCACUGAAAGCUCUGGGGAAUGCAGGUCAUCCAGGCAGCAUUAAAACCAUCAUGCGCUUCCUCCCCGGAGUUGGUGCCAGCCCUGUGAAUCUGCCACCUCGUGUGCUGAGUGCCGCUGUGCAGUCUAUGAGACUUAUAGCUGCCAGAGACCCUCACAGUGUCCAAGACAUCACCAUGAGUCUGUUCCUGCAAAAGAACCUUCCCACUGAGAUUCGCAUGAUGGCCUUCAUGAUAUUGUUUGACACUCAGCCAUCAAUGGCUCUGAUUUCCACAGUGACUGUACAUCUACAGGAAGAAAAAGACCUCCAUGUUGUUAGCUUUGCAUACUCCUACUUUAAAAGUGUCGCCAGAUCCAGAACUCCAAACAACCACUUCCUCUCAACUGCCUGCAACGUUGCCAUAAAAAUCCUGGCCCCUAAAUUUGGCCGUCUCAGCUAUCAUUACAGCAAAGCAACACGCAUGGACUGGUUUAAUGAUGAUUACCUAAUUGGUACAGCAGCAGAAGUCUUCAUGCUGCGAAAUGCAACAAACAUCUUUCCCACUGAAAUCAUGAUGAAAGGAAAAUUUUAUUUCAUUGGAAGCAUUCUGCAGCUAUUGGAGUUGGGUAUCCAUGCUGAGGGGCUUAAGGAACUGCUUGGCGCUGGCAUCCCUAGUUUUAAAGGAGAUCUUAGCGCCAGUGACUUUCAGGCUGUUCUCAAUGUGCUUAAAAACUGGGAAGUUCUGCCCAAUGAUAAGCCUGUCCUCUCUGCCUAUACACGGGCCUUUGGACAAGAGUGGUUCUUUGCUGAUAUUACCAAAGACACCAUUCGGAACAUGUUCAGGGCUUUCAGCCCUACAGGGAAAGAGAGCCCUCUGUGGUCUGCGAUUGGGAAUUUACAGAAGGGAGUGUCAUGGCAUUGGACAAAGCCUUACUUGAUCUUUGAGGUUCGCUACUUCCAAGCUACUACCCUAGGCCUCCCACUGGAGAUAAGCAAAUAUUAUCAAUCCAUCAAUGGGAUCACUGUAAAUGCCAAGGCUGCAGUAAAUCCAACACUGACUGAUCGUCUUGGACAACUGCUGACUUCUGACAUUUCACUGGAGACUGAUGGUUUUAUUGGUUACACUAAGGAUUUUUGGGUUUUCUAUGGGAUCAACACAGAGCUUUUCCAGUGUGGUUCUGAGUUUAAGAGCAAAACACCUAUUUCCAUCCCUUGGAAUUUUGCUGCCAAGAUCAAUGUCGGAGAGAGGAAGUUUGAACUCGACUUCCCUCCAUGCAAAAAAGAGUUUGAACUUUUUUCAGUCAGCUCCAAUGUGUACGCAGUCUCCAGGAACCUUGAAGAACCAGCUUUGACCAAAAUGACUCCAAUUAUGGCCACCACUACUGACUCCAAUGAUGAAGCUGUCCGCAAGGGGCCAACAGCUGCGGGGCCUGAGUCAGAUCAGAUACUGACACCAAACGUCUGGCAUCCAAGAUCCAAGAUGUGUGCUGAGAGUAAGAUUUAUGGAGCUGGUCUGUGUGUGGAGUCUGAGUUAAGGAGAGAGUAUUAUCAUGAGGAAUACCCCCUUUACUAUUUCCUGGGAUAUACCAACAUGGCAUUGAAAGUAGUCCCAGUUCAGGCAAUCAAAGCUGUUGACAAAAUCCACUUUGAGGUUAAUGCCGGCCCGAGCAAACAUCCAGUCAGCACACUGCAACUGCUAAAGACUCUGAGGAGGCUUUCCAAGGAAGCCACCCAGGGAGUACGUCUGUCCUCUGAUUCAGCCUCAAGCGACAGCGGAUCUCAUCACAGCCAUCACAGCGACCUUUAUGAAAGCUUGAACUCAACACCUGAAGCUAUGUUGAAUAUUAAAGCCUUGGCCAUGAGUGGCAACCAGAAGCCAGAGGGUUACGAUGCAGCCUUCUUCCACACAGCCGAGGCAAACAUUCAGAAUGCCCAGAUGAUUGUGUCCCAGGUCGGGGAAGACACCAAUUGGAAGAUGUGCGUUGACACCAAUGUGAAUGCCCAUGUUGAGGCAAAGGCACACAUUGGAUGGGGAGCUGAAUGUCAGUCCUAUGAAAUGUCAGUGGAAUCUGCAACUGCCCAUCAGCCUGGCUCCAAGCCAACACUCAAGGUCACAGUACACUGGACCAAGAUACCAGGGACCAUCGCAGAGUUGGGCACAAGAAUUGAAAGCUACAUUCCAGGCGUGGCUUUUUUUCUUGGCUUCUACGAGACACAUGAGAGAAAUGCCAAGCAGGAGAUUUCUGCAACAGUAGCUGCCGCCUCAGCAGACAGUGUCGAUGUGAAGAUUAAAUUCCCAGAGCUUACAGUCUACCGCCAGGCUUUUCCAGUUUCACUGCUGACUGGCAGUUUUCAGGAGUUUCAACACUACAGAAACACAACAAUCGGCAGCUUUGGACGCGCAUAAAAACAUUGGAUUGUGUUGACUGAUUUCCAUGCAAAACAGAUGAGCAAAAACAAGCAAAGAGCUGUGCCAGUUUUGCUUGCUUUUUAAAAUAUGUUUUGUGUUGAAAGACAACAAAGCCCAGAUGGGAUCCAGAUGUGGCUUUUCACAGUGAUAACGCUGCAACCAAAAUCUCACCACUGUGAUGAAAGUGAGGAUCAUAAAAGUUGCAUCAGUAAUCCAUCAAAUGUCACCCUUUUGAAAAUAACCUGUAAAGGUCCAGAAUUAUUCAUCAUAAAGUGUGUUAAUAUUUGAACACAUCUUUUGAUGAAAUAUUGUGUAAAGUCAUGCUUUUGUCCCAAAAUAUUGUAUCAUCAUAAUGCAUGCAUUCAUCAAAAUAUGUUUCAACAAUCUGUGUUUUUGCUCCAAACCUGUUAAUAUAAAUCCUUUGCUAAUCCAAA